AGAUGACGCUUCAAAUGACAGCGUCAUUUCAUGCGGGACAGUCGCAGGCUGCCGCUCAUUUUGUCUGCAUUGUCACAUUUCAGUAAAGUGGAAUCAAAUCAACAUUCUCCCAUUAUUUUGCAAAGCUAUUGACCUGUUUAAACAUGCCGACUAUUAAAUUGCAAUCCUCCGACGGAGAGAACUUUGAGGUUGACGUCGAGAUUGCCAAGUGCUCUGUCACCAUUAAAACCAUGCUGGAAGAUCUUGGAAUGGAUGAGGAUGAAGAUGAGGCAGUUCCAUUGCCAAAUGUUAACUCCGCCAUCCUCAAGAAGGUCAUCCAGUGGGCUACAUACCACAAGGAUGACCCACCACCACCAGAGGAUGAUGAGAACAAAGAAAAACGCACUGAUGACAUCUCCUCCUGGGAUGCUGACUUUCUUAAAGUUGACCAGGGCACACUUUUUGAGCUCAUCUUAGCUGCUAACUAUUUGGACAUCAAGGGCUUACUUGAUGUGACUUGCAAAACUGUUGCUAAUAUGAUUAAAGGCAAGACCCCAGAAGAGAUUAGGAAAACUUUCAAUAUCAAGAACGAUUUCACUGCCUCCGAAGAGGAGCAGGUGAAGAAGGAGAAUGAAUGGUGUGAGGAGAAAUAGAUCAAAUUAUACACGUUUUUAUUUUCUAUUUUAAUACUGUGUAUUAUGGAUGUGACAGUGUGGUAGGCUUUUAUUUUAUUUUUCAUUAGGUGAUUGAGUAUUGAAUAAAUUUACACUGGAAAUUAUUGUAAAUUCAAAGCAGCCGUCAAGAUUUUACAUAUUUUAUUUGAGCCUAAUUAAUAUUUCUUUUUUGUCGAUUUUAGUCAAGUUCAAUCAAUAUAAUAAUAAAUACAGCUAGUCCCAGGCUAGUUUGACUAAAAAUAA